AUGCUACUCUGCGGUGGUUUGUAUCAAAGAGUUAGUAGCAUUGACAGCCAGCUUGGCCUUGUGGAGGAGCGGAAUAACGAAAUGCCGGCCGCAAUCGACGGCUCAGCCAACGAAAACUUCGUUUGCGCGCAGUUCAAUCAGUCCAGCGAUUCAAUGCCUACUCUGGCGUGGCGGUCGGGCUCUCUUCUGGCCAGGAAGUAUGCACAUAGUAAAACGGAUAUGGGACGCUUUCAGAAGCUAAAGCAGUUCACGGCAAGUGUAAAGCAAUCGGGCACUAAACGCGUUUCAGUGAAUGGAUCAGACAGUCUAGGUACGGUGCAAUAUGCUGUGACAGGCAGCUACGACUGCGUGGUGGUUCGUGUCAAACGGUUCAUAGCACUGGCGAUCAGGCUGACUAGGGUAUGUGCAACGUAUGAAUUUGCCGCUGACAUUCUCUCGAUUAACCAUCCCGCUUCAGCAUGUCCCUAG